UCGUCUGAUUUCGUCAGCGCGCUCCUGUCUAACGGAGUAAACCCUUGUGUCCAGAAUGAGGAUGGAAAAACUGCAUAUCAAAUGUGCAAAUCGGAUGUCGUACGCAAUUCUUUUGUCCAAGAAGCUUUACGAGCUAUCACAUUGUCUAACAAUGGACGACUGUGUCAGCUUAUUUCCUCUGGCAUACCGGUCGAUUCCCUAGAUUCGAAGCAGUCGCAGAAUACUUUGCUGAACUGGGCUUCAGAUUUUUCGACUGUUGAUAUCGUCAAAACACUUUGUGAAAGUGGUGCGAAUGUCAAUCUUGCGAAUGCGAAGGGCGAAACACCACUUUACACGUCCGUACGUCGAGGUGAUGAGUCUAUUGUGCGACAACUUCUUGCGUCAGGCGCUGAUCCUUCGCGCAGAACCGAUAAGGGUGAGGAUGCUUUUUCAAUUGCAACUGCUAAAGGAGGAGCUCUUCUGCCGCUCUUGAGUAUGGAUAAGUAA